AUGCAUCUCUUCCAGAUUAAUAAAAGACUUAUACCGAUCAAAAUUCAUUUUUUUCUCUCACAGGCUGGAUUAACUCCGUUACUCGUGUUCUUGUCAACGAUAAUGAUACAAAGGGGCUAUUCGCCAUUCAUCGUCGGUCUGACAUUUACACUUAUGCCGCUACCGGGAUUAUUGAUACGACCAAUUGUCGGUGGCAUAACAGAUAAAUACAAAUGCCGCAAGCUGGUGUUUUUUUUGAUCAUGGUUAUCAUGAGCCUGAUAUCAUUCGUGUUGAUAUUUAUACCGGGCACGGUCUCCAAAACGCAAAUGGACGACGAUUACGUGAUGGAGUCACCGCUGUUUUGGUUAUUUUUCUGCAUAGUGACCUUGUUCCAUUCAUCAUCUAUCGCCAAAGUCUUAUUGGAGGAUACGAUCUGCAUGGAUUUCUUGGGCGAAGAUAAACAUAAAUAUGGGCAACAGAGAGGAUGGGGAUCGCUUGGUCGUGGCUCAAUUGCCGUUGUAGCCGGAGUGAGUGUAGACUGGUUCAGCAGAGGACAAGAAUACAAAAACUAUACACCUGUUUUUGUAAUUUCAUUGAUUUGCAACCUCUUAAAUAUAUAUGUGGCUACAAAGAUUGAAAUUGUUGAAAAUAUUGAAAGAAGAGUUAUAGUAUCUAAUGUGAAAAAAUUGUUCUCUAAAUUAAGAGUUCUGGCAUUUUUUUUAUGGGUCGUUUUGUUUGGAAUGCUUUGUCCUAUUGUUUGGUAUUAUCUCUAUGUGUAUACAGAAGAAUUAGCGAACCUUUACCACCCGGAAACGAAACCGUACAUAAAGACGAUCCAAGGGUUGGCGCUUUCGAUUGAAUGUUUCUUGGGAGACUUCCCGUUUUUCUUUCUAUCCAGUUAUGUCAUCAAACUCAUUGGCCACAUGAAUUCGUUCUCUCUGAUGUUCUUCGGAUUCGCCGUCCGAUUUUUCCUGUACUCGAUCAUAACCAAUCCCGUUUGGGUUUUACCGGUUGAAAUUCUCAACGGCGUGACUUUCGCAUUAGCUUACUCGGCAGCCACUUCGUACGCUGCACUGAUAGCUCCAGCCGGUGCCGAGGGGACGCUCCAAGGGCUCCUCGGGACGGCUAUGAUAGGACUUGGAGUGCCGAUGGGCAGUUUCCUGGGCGGUUACGUGUUUGAUCGUUACGGAUCCAUCGAUUCGUUCAAGAUUUUAAGCGGUGUCGCAUUAGUGAUAUGCGUAAUCCAAUUCACUGUAACCCAAUUGAUAAAUCGAUUUUCAAAGAACGAGAAUGUCACUGAAGAACGAGGUGAAAAUACCGUCAAUGCUGCAACAUCUGAUAGAAAUGAUAUUUUAUAA